AUGGAAUGGAGUGAAGCUCUUACUUUAAAUGGAAAUAUUGAAUUAUUUCAAGUAACAAACAAUCAAGUUUAUAAUAUGAAUAAUAUUGGGAUUGAUUUUAUUGAUGAAGAAAGUGGAAUGGGAAGUUUGGGUGCUCGUGCUGGAUAUUGUGGUUCAAAUAAAGUAUUGAAUAUUCAUUCAAUAUAUGAUGGAACCAUGUGA